AUGGCUGGCGAUAAGGAAACACUACUCAGCAUGGGAUUCGACCCAGCCCGUGUCGACUGGGCAUUAAGAGCGACUAAUAAUCGCGGUUUGCAGCCUGCUAUGGAUCACAUUCUAGAGAACGAAGGAAAGCCUAUUCCAGAUCCGAGCGUUGCUGCUCCUACAACUGCAUCGGGCAGCGUGGGCCAGCCUAUGGACGUCGAUGUGGACGACGAAGAUGAAGAUACCCUGCGGCGCUUGAUAGGAACGCAAGCUGGUGCCACAUCGAGCGCUGAAGCAGAGGCCAAGAGUAUCAAAUGCUCAGAAUGUGGCAAGGUAUUUAAGAACACGGCAUUGGCUAAUUACCAUGCCGAGAAGAGUGGUCAUGAUCAGUUUGAGGAGUCCACGGAAGAGGUUUUUAAAGCCACUUACGGAGGAAGAGAAGCAGCAGAAGUUGGCCGACCUCCGAGAAAAAUAGCUGCAAAGCGCAGCGUAAAGGCUCAACAAGAAGCCGCAGAAGCACGUGCGAAUGAAACUAUUCGUCGCAAGACUGGCAAGGACAUCGGCAAACUGAAAGACGAGUUGAAGGCUAAGGAGCUCGUGAAAGAAGCUGAGCAGAAGCGUAGAGAGAAGCUUGAGGAUGCCAAAGCCAAAGCCGCUGUAAAGGCCCAGAUUGAAGCAGAUAAGAAAGCCCGUGCAGAGAGGACUGCAAGGGAGAAAGCCUUACGUGAUGGCCAACCAAUUAUUGACGCACCAGCCAGUGCGUCAACGACUCCAGCGGUGACAGCAUCCUCAUCCAGCGGCGGCACAAGCGGGAAGGACUUCAAAGAGACUCGUCUCCAAAUCCGCAUGGCAACUGGGGGAACGCCUUACACGACCACCCUGCCAAGUGACGCAACAUUACGUGAAGUCGCUGAAUUUUUGGCUGCCCAAACGCUUGUCAUCGACGUGGAAACGGUCACAUUCGCCCAGCAUUUCCCAAGGAAAACAUUCUCUCGUGAUCAAUUUAGCAAAACACUGAGGGAACUCGGAUUGACGCCGUCAGCGGUCCUCAUUGCGUCCUAA